AAAAUACUUAUUAAAUAAUAGUAAAAAUAACAAUAAUAAUAAUAAUACACUAUAAAGUAAAAACAAACUCUGCAUGUCUCGCUUGAUUAGAUUUUAAAUUCUUCGCCUGAUUGUUGGUUUGUUCAUAAAAUGUCAAGAAUGUGCAUCUGAACUGGUUUGUCCUGUUCAUUUCUGCAUCACUAAACCGAACAAAACAAAAGACGCGAAUUCCUCAAACUUCCGAUGAAACUCGACAGUGUUCAGAUCAGUGAAAUCCUCCUGAUGUAAAGAGAAUAAAUAUGAGUUCAUAGUUUAGUGCACAACCCAAAGGUCACUCAGUAUGAGAGUGUGUGUGUGUGUGUGUGUUUAUGUGUGUGUGUGUGUGUGUGUGUGUAUGUGUGUGUGCGCGCGCGUAGCGUAGCAGUGGGUGGAGUCCACGUGAACACGCAGGUGUGUGAACGCUCACCUGAGCAAAGACUUCAAACAGAGUUUAAUCAUGAGUUUAUCAUCCUCGGGAUCUUCCUGGAGAAAUUCAGCUUGUGCUUCAUGACAGAUCCGACACUGCUAUUAUCUUUUAUUCCUUUAAAUGUUGAGAAAUGGAAGAUCUUAAGAGCACAGUUUGACAUGGAUUAUCAGAAGCGCGUGAGGACAUGAGGAGAUCCUUGAGGAAUAACAGAGAAAUACUGACAGAAUAAACUAUGACCAAACUACUGACCUGCAUCUGUGUGCUCAUCCUCACACUCAUGGUCUGUGUUCACAGCGAGUUCAUCGAUCCGCCUCCAUCCGCGGCCCUGCGCUCGUUCUCGGACACGCAGACCAGGCUGCCCUGCCGGUAUGUGGUGGAGGGCGAGGAGAAGGUGGUGCAGGUGACCUGGUCCAGACAGAAACCAGGAGGGGAGAAAGAGCAGAUCAUUAUAGGACACUUUACUGAAGGACCUAAAGCGUCUGCUGAUUUCCUGAAGCGUGUUCAGUUCGAGAGCUCUGAGCCGACGGUCGACUCCACGCUGCUGAUUCUGAACACAAAGAAGGCGGAUCAGGCCACAUACACCUGCCACAUCUCCACCUUCCCCUCCGGAAACUUCGAGAGACAAAUCAGCCUGACCGUCUGGAGUCUGCCGAUCUCCUCGCUGGAUCCCGUGAUCCUGCAGGAAGGGCAGUCGUUCCGUGUGGCUGCCUCCUGUCGUUCGGUCGGACACCCUCCGCCGCGCCUGUCCUGGGACACGGAAAUUCCCGGGCAGUCGCAGAACCGGAGCGGAGAGGACGGGGUCGUGACCUCUCAGUUUUCCCUGCACCCUCUGCGCAGCAUGAACGGCCGUCAGCUGGACUGUCUGGUGUGGCAUCCGGCUCUGGACGGCCCGCGCAGAAUCAGCAACCAGCUCGUCGUGCACUUUCCUCCGGAUGCAGAGAUUGUUAGUUCUGGCUCCUGGAGGAUCGGUCACACCGGAUCAGAGCUCAGAUGUGCAGUGAAUGGAAACCCGCUGCCGCAGAACGUCACGUGGAGCAGGAGGGACGGGCGUCUGCCGGAGGGAGUGUCGGUUCAGAGGGACAGACUGCUGUUCGUUCGGCCGCUGAACGUGUCGGACGAGGGUCUGUACGUCUGCCAGACAGGAAACAGUGUGGGAACCGCUAAAGCCCAGUUUAAACUGGAGAUCAGAAAAGAUGCUAAUGAAGUUGCAGAAGCAAUCAAGAUCCCAUCGGAGACUCUCUUCAUCAUCAUCGGGGCGUCUGUCGCCGGAGCUUUGGUGGUCAUCGUGGUGAUCACCAUCCUUUUCGUCAACUGUCACCUCAGACGCAGGAACAGGAAGCUGAAAAGGGCGCUCAGUGCGAGAACGGAGGAGAUGAUCAGCCUGUCGCGGCAGGUGUCCAUGAGGAGACUCAACUCCAUCACCUCUGAUCCCAGGACAGCGGCAGAAGAGGGUUCACUGAUGCGGAUGGACAGUGUGAUGAAGAACAGUGUUUUAUCCGUGGAGGAUCACUCCACGCUGAGAGACGGAGAGUACGACAGUCUCGGACGUCCUGCCAUCUACCCGUCGUACCGGCAGGAGCGAGGCAUUAAGAAGCUGAGAGACAUCGAGGAGGACGAGAGAAGUGAGCGCAGACGAAGAGUCGAGUCCUACGUCAAAUCCAGCAAUAUGUCUCUGGUGUGUGAUUCAGGGCUUCACAGGGAUCAGAAUUCUCCUCCUCGCUCCGUGAGCUCCGGUCCGACCGAAGCAUGGAAACGCGGCUCUCGCAGAGAGAUUCACCGAGAGGAACAUGAUGCAUACAUGCAGCAAGAGCGAAUUCCAGAAGGAGAAGAAGGAAACGCCCAUCAUUUGUCCGAGGCAGUUUCCAACUACUUCCAGUGCAGCAACGGAGGACUGACGCCGAAGGAAAAUCCCAACGCCAUCAUCAUCCACUCGCGCAGACAGAUCAUCUGAUGAAGGACUGUCCAUGUUACAGACUCAGAAAGGCCAUCAUGUUGUUCUCAAACCUGCAUGGCAAAAUGUUCAUACUCCACAAAGUCAUGCGCAUCACAAUAUAUUGUAAUAUGAUAGACGAGAAUAAAUAGAUUUAAGAUGUGCAUCACAAGUGUUUAUGAGACAUUUGAGACUGUUGAUGUCAAACCUGCUGCGAUGCAUCUCGAACAAGAUUGCUAAAACUUUACAAUAAGGUUCCAUUAGUUUACACUGCAAAACAUGAUGUUCUUCCUCAGUUUUCUGUCUUGUUUUUCAGCACAAAUAUCUAAACAUUCUUAAAUUAAGAUACAUUUACUGGAGAAACAAAAUGACUGAAGAUAUUACGUUUUGUUUUAUGAAAAAUGUAUCAGUUUGAGCUUAAAACAAGAACAAAUAUAUGCCAGUGGAGUCAAAAAAUUGAGCCAAAAGACUCAAAUAAGAGGUAAUCAUCAACAGAUCACAGAUUUAUUAAGCUGUGAUAAAUCAUACUUGUUCAUUUUUGUUACAUUUUGAUGUUAUGUGUAACAAAAUGUCCUCUGUGUUCAGGUUUGACUAGGAAAAUUAUUGCAAAAACUGACACUUCAAAUCAACGUUUCAGACAAAAAACAAUCUAAACCUUGACCAAAGUAGUCUUUGAGAAUGUCUAAGUAUAAAUUCAAAUCCACAACUUAAUAAAAAUAAGAAUUUGUAUAUAAAAACCACUAUAAGCCUCUUUAAAUAGAACUAUAUAGGAAUCUAGCAGUUAAACCAUGGCAUUACACAACUUUUUCAUUUUUUUUUACCCCCACCAGUUAAGUUUUUACUGCUUUAAUAAUAAAAAAAAAUAGAAAAAAAAAAAUUGUGUGCUAUUUUCAAUGGGAAAAAAAUAGCUAAUAAAAAUUGUAUAAAUAUUGCAUAGCAUCAUAAAAUACCCUCAAAAUCUUAAAUAAUAAACCAAAAAUAUUAUUGAACAAAAAUAUAUUACAUUGCUUUCCUGAAAGAAGAAAAAAAAGAGUAUAUUUUAAGGCUUCGGUCACUUUUGACCGCGAAGGAGCCGAGUGUGACCCCUAAACGAAGAGGACCAGAGGCAAUGUUUAGAUAUUUGUGCUGGAAAACAAGACCGAAAUACUGAGGAAGAACAUUUUUUGCAGUGAAUUGACUAACAAUGAGUGUUAUGGAGGAAAGAAAGUCACACAGGUAUGGAACAACAUGAGGAUGAGUAAAUUUAGAUUUUAAUAUUAUUUGUUUGAACUGUCCCUUUCAGAGGAUGAUCAGUGAUUUAUUUCCCAUUGGCUGCACUGGAUCUCUUUCUUCAGCACAUCAUGUGAACUCAGACAAUAGAGGAGACGUUUAAACACACAAACACUGACAUAUGGAUGUGUUUCUGCUGAAGUCCUGCUGAUCUUGAUUCAUUCCUGGUUUGGACUCGUUCUACCUCUGCGUGCCGAGAUGACAGAACUGUGAUGGCGAACUGGCGUUUAUAUGAUGUUAAGACACUUUCUUGUAUAAUCUAUUCCACCACGACAAACAUGUAUCAGUUUUUCAUGUUUGUUUGAAUUGACACAUAUUCAUCUGUCACUAAACUAAAAUAUACAACAUAAGAUGUUUAUAUUUAUAGUAUAAUUACACUACCGUUUGGAAUAAUUAUGAUUUUUUUAAUGUUUCUGAAAGAGUCUCUUCUGCUCACCAAGGCU